AUGACGACGACAUCAGACCCCAAUCCCCUCACAACACAACGCGGCGCGGCGCCCCUGACGACCGUCUUCACGACGCCCGACUUCUGCAAGUCGCUCUACUGGACCAACACCGAGACCCCGCCACUGUCCAGCAUCGUAUGCAUGCCCACGUCAUGGAAACAAGCGUUCGACUAUAGCUGGGGCUACUAUUCCCCCGGCAUUUGUCCAAUGGGAUACACCGAAGGCUGCGCAUUCCCGACGUCCCUGGCGUCGUCAAAGGACGGGAAUGUCAGGCUAGGAGGCAGCGUGGUGAGCGGGGAGACGGCGCGGUUGUGUUGCCCGACGGGACAUACUUGCUAUACAGGGACGGACUAUCCAUACAGCAAGUGUCUGUCGACAGUACCGACGACAUCGUAUUACGACUUGAAUAACCAGCAAACGUCCCGUUUGGCGUUGGUGUAUGCGGUGCAGGUUCGAUGGCGAGCAUCGGAUCUAAGUAUUUUGGAGACAGAUCCGACGGUUCCGGGUGCGACAUACACGGGGCCGAGAUCGACGGGCGGAGUAAGCGGCGCGACAGUGUCGGCUACGGGGACCGCGGAAUCGGGGAGCGGAGGUUCGAUUGCGACAGCGACGGCGACAACGACACCGGAAGGAUCGAAUACUGGCGACUCAGGCGACGGCGGUGGUGGUAUUUCAAUCGGAACGACGAUAGCGAUCGCUGUGGGUUCCGUGGCGGGCACGUUGGCGAUUGCAUUGGUUGCAUUUAUGCUGUGCUGGCGGAGAAGAAAGAGGAAGCUUAGGAGAGUGAACACCGAUCCGAACAUGCAUGCGGACUCAUCCUCGCCUGCGUUGGUGGCGGCUCACAAAGCUGAGACGUCUGGCAAAACGAGCUUGGAACUCAUGUCCCCUAGUACGGCUACGACAGGUAGCGCGACUAUGGUGGCGCCGCACUCGCCCAACCCAAACGCCGCCCAGCUGGAUUCGACGACUGUUGUGGAGAUGGAGACAAUGGAGCGGCCUGUAGAGCUGCAGGAGGAUUGUAUCGUGGAACUCGAGGGCGAUAUGCCAGGUCCACCGUUGUAUCGGGAGAAGGAGGGGUGGCCUUUGAGAUGA